AAAAACCGGCUCGGACUACAAACUUAUUACAGAUAAAUAUUUUUGUUAUGCUUCAUUUGAAAUGUUGUUCAGUCGGACUGAAAAACAAAAAAGUAUAAGAGGAAAUAACGGUUGCACAACGACGAAAGGAACUUGCGAAAUAUAGCUGGCUCGAUAUCUGAGAGGCAACCCGUUCGUUUUAAUAUUUUUGAAGCGGGGUAUUUUGCUUGUUGUAGCUCGUUGACAUACGCAAAUUUCAGAUGCAGUAUAGCUGUUGGAAGCAAGCUACCUAAAAAUGAAUUGACUUAGUGGCCCACGAAGAGUGGACGUUCAUACUUAAAUAGCAGUAGCAAUCAACUUAGCGAAGGUAAUUACAUUUAACUUGUAACUUGCUAUUUUACUUUAAAACACCGAUAGGUUUAUAGGCCUAUUUUAAAAAAGCAAUUCCACAGCCAUGGUUCUGAGCGAAAUCGACGCCGGAAAGAAUUUGACCGCAGCAGCUUCGAGAGGAAACGUGAAAGAACUGCGGAGGAUGCUGGAGGAACAACACGUACAUCCUGACACAGUAAAUGAGUUUGGAAGGACCGCUCUUCAGGCGAUGAUGAUGGGCAGCACCAGUGUCGCAUGUCUCCUGCUGGAACACGGCGCAAAUGCCAACGUGCAGGAUCGCCUGGGAGUCACGCCAGCACACGACGCCGCUCGGGCCGGGUUCGUUGACACGCUCCAGAUUAUGGUGCAGUUCGGAGCAUCUGUGAACACGCAGGACAACACUGGCGCUCUCCCCAUUCACGUCGCCAUCCGAGAAGGCCACAUCGACGUGGUCGAGUUCCUGGCUCCUCGUUCCAACCUAAAUCACCAAGACACCAGCGGCUACACCGCUCUGGACGUCGCCCGCGCCCUGCGCUGCCCCGGCUUAGUAGAACUGCUUGAACGUCAGUUUGAAUCAAGUUUGAAGUUCCAGGCAUAGUUGACAGUGGCAGGCUUAGGCUUUUCUAUCGGAGCACCAUACUGGAAAUCUAAUUUCCUCUUCCUCUGACGUAAUAUUUACUGCAACCUCGAUCUGUGUGAUGAGCUUGUCUUCAUUUCUGUGAUUUAGUUUGGUGUUUAGGAGAAACGCACUAAAUCCUUGGAUCUGACGUUUUGUUUGCACAUGUUAACAUAUUUCUUAUCUUAGCUUUCGCAAUCUGACCUCAUAUUAAGAAUGCAUGUAAGCUGGGAAUUGAUUUCUUGUUUAUUUGAUUGGUGAGCUUUCAAGGUGUUUAUUCAUUUUUUAAACUUUACACACAUACAAAGACAUUCAUGGUAGGCAUUCUAAUCAUUUUUUGCAUUUUAUAAGCAAUCUUGCAUUUUAAAACUUAAUGAAAUUACAUUUUACUAUUUUAUUCUCCUUGAAAGCAUUGUAGAAAGACAUACUUGAUUAAAUAUAAGGUUUGGAGUCUAUCAGUUAGUGUGAAAGCUGUUCUCUUUGGACCUUUUUUUUGCAUGUUUGCCUGUCAUCUAUGAAAGGCUACGAGCUGGAAUUAUUUAAUUAAUGUGACUAAUUAAAUGCAUAAUGUAAUUACUUCAAAUAACCCACGCCCUUGAUAUAGGUACUCUGUUUGUUGUGGAUUGUUGUUUAUGAAUUGUACAUAAUGCUUUAAAGAAUUUAUUAGAA